GCCGGCAGCGCCGCGAGCUGAUUGGCCAGGCAGGUUGAGGGUGGGUGCCGCGGAUUGGUCCGGGCUGCGAGCUCAGCUGUGUGCAAGCGCGCCGGUCCCGGAGCCGGCGGCCUCAGUGAUGGACGAGACGAGUCCACUGGUGUCCCCCGAGCGGGCCCAACCCCCGGACUACACCUUCCCAUCCGGCUCGGGCGCUCACUUUCCGCAGGUGCCGGGGGGCGCGGUGCGAGUGGCUGCGGGGGCGGCAGCGGCCGGCGCGGUCCCCUCUCCGCCGGGCUCGCCGGGUCACGAUCGGGAGCGGCAGCCGCUGCUGGACCGGGCCCGGGGCGCGGCGGCCCAGGGGCAGACCCACGUCGUGGCGGCGCAGGCCCAAGCCCUGGCGGCCCAGGCCGCGGCGACGCACGCAGUGCAGGCCCACCGCGAGCGGAACGAGUUCCCGGAGGACCCCGAGUUCGAGUCGGUGGUGCGGCAGUCGGAGCUGGCCAUUGAACGCGGCAUCUUCCCGGAGCGGAUCUACCAGGGCUCCAGUGGAAGCUACUUCGUCAAGAAUCUUCAGGGGAAGAUCAUUGCUGUCUUCAAACCCAAGAAUGAAGAGCCGUAUGGACACCUUAACCCCAAAUGGACCAAGUGGCUACAAAAACUGUGCUGUCCCUGCUGCUUUGGCCGUGAUUGCCUUGUUCUCAACCAGGGUUAUCUUUCGGAAGCUGGUGCCAGCCUGGUGGAUCAGAAAUUGGAACUUAACAUUGUGCCACGUACAAAGGUAGUAUAUCUGGCCAGUGAGACCUUCAACUAUAAUGCUAUUGACCGAGUGAAGUCAAGAGGCAAGCGGCUUGCACUAGAGAAAGUUCCAAAAGUUGGGCAACGGUUUAACCGUAUUGGACUCCCGCCAAAGGUUGGUUCAUUCCAGCUCUUUGUGGAAAGCUACAAAGAUGCAGACUACUGGCUACGGCGUUUUGAAGCAGAACCUCUCCCUGAGAACACUAAUCGGCAAUUGCUGCUGCAGUUUGAGCGGUUAGUGGUGCUGGAUUACAUCAUCCGCAACACUGAUCGAGGCAAUGACAACUGGCUGAUUAAAUAUGACUGUCCCAUGGAUAGUUCUAAUUCUCGGGACUCUGACUGGGUGGUGGUGAAGGAGCCUGUUAUCAAGGUGGCUGCCAUCGACAAUGGGCUGGCUUUCCCCCUGAAGCAUCCCGACUCCUGGAGGGCAUAUCCUUUUUACUGGGCCUGGUUGCCCCAGGCGAAAGUCCCAUUCUCUCAAGAGAUCAAAGACCUGAUUCUUCCAAAGAUAUCUGACCCCAACUUUAUCAAGGACUUGGAAGAGGACCUGUAUGAACUCUUUAAGAAAGAUCCUGGUUUUGACAGGGGGCAGUUCCAUAAGCAGAUAGCAGUCAUGAGGGGACAGAUCCUAAACCUGACCCAGGCCCUGAAAGACAACAAGAGUCCCUUGCACCUCGUCCAGAUGCCACCUGUGAUUGUUGAGACGGCCCGUUCACACCAACGGUCUGCGAAUGAAUCCUACACACAGAGCUUUCAGAGUCGGAAGCCCUUCUUUUCCUGGUGGUAGCACCAGAGGUGGAAAAGGCAAAUUGUCUGAGACUUGGGCUGGGAGGAAGCCUGGGGAGCAGGUUGUAAGGAAAGCCAGAGGAGCAGGUGGAGAGCAGGACUUCUCCGAGCACUGGGAGAAGCACAGGCCAAGGGACGCUGCUUGCUCUUGGGCUUCGAUAAGUGCCAAGGAGGGCUGGAGCUCCUUGCAAGUAUUCCUGAUUCUGCGGAAGGAGAAUCCCCCCUCCUAGCAUCUCCUGUGAACUGGCCGGGAAAUCCCCUUUCCUCCCUGACACCCUACUGUUGCAAUUCCUUGUUAUAUUCUGCAUCAGAAAAAUGUAAUAAUAACAGAAAGAAGUUUAAAUGCUAGUAGCAAAACCCAGGCAGAAUCCUAGAUCCUCUUGUCAGAAGCCUCUGAUCCAGACCUAUAUUUGCAUGGGCCCAGACACUCGGGUGCCUGGCUGUUCCUCACCCCCAUGGACCAAGGCAGCUGGGUGACUCCAGAGCCACCUCCCUACUUUUUUUUUUUCCUCCUUUACCAAAUCGUCUUCCCUUUUCUCUCCCACCAGUGCAAUAGGCUGGCUGAGAGCCUCCAAACACACUUUCCAGAGCAGAGAUCCUUUUACUCUAGGAUUCCCAUCAGUUCUGCUUAUGGUCAUACUGAUGGCUCUGCUCCCUGUCUUCCUUGGGAUCCAGCCUUACUAGUUGAGAUAUGCAGCUUGCCUGCCACUGUCAAAGGCAGGAGUGGGGAAGUGGACUCACCAGCAUGUAGAAGUGAGUCUCAUGACCUAAGGAUAUGCUGGGAGCCCAGGGUAAAUGUAGCCUUGCUUCCUUGUGUCCUUGGCUCUAGUCAGAGAUGAUAAACUCUUCUAGUCCUCUCAUUUUCCCCUGUUGUUAUAUGUAUGAUUCCCCCCACCCCCUUUUCAGCUCUCUUGAUUUAGGAGUUUAGUUCUGGAUUCUGGGGCAGGUCUCAGCUAUUAACAGGACAAGAUAAUAGAUCCUUGGACUUCUUUUUAUUCUAUCACUGCUGCUUUGUGCAGGUAACAGAGCUUAUCUCUGCUUCCUAACCAGUGGCUUCCCUUUACUUCCUGACUUCUCGGCCCAGGCCAGUUUUCAAGCCUUCUUAAGAAAGGCAGGGCCCAGAGGAAAGAGGCCUUCACCUUGUCCCAGUGCCUGCCCGCCUCAGUGCAUCUUUCUUUUCCCAUGUCCAUUUCCUGAGCUGUCCCCCUUGCCAGUUGUCCAAGCCCUUUCUACACCAAAGCAAAGAAUGGCUUCAGGAGGGAGAAGAGAAGUUGCUUCUAUGGCCAAGGGAUAGCCCUGUGGUACUGGACACUUUAAAGUUCCUGGCACUCUGCCAUCGGUCAAUCAGCCUUGGAGAGAGACUAUCUUGAAGGUUUGACAAACCAAAGAAGGGGGGAGAGGACAAUGGCCAAGUACCCUUUGCCCAGCUCCUGCCAAUAGGAGGUAGAGCAGAGAUGUGCAGCCCUCUCAGCAGUGCCAAGUCAGUCUCCUUCCCCUCAGCCUCCAGGAACCAGCUUGUCCUGGGCUACCACCCUGCUAACAAGAAGAGUCUCCGCAACCAGUACACAUGUCCUCCCUGCGGAGAAGGCACAGCUUCCCACCUGUCCCAGCCCUGACAGUCCCAUUCAGCACCCCUGGACUUUGGCCUUAGCCUUGGGGAGUGGGUUUGUGAGAAUGCCUUGUCCUCAGACUGCAGGAGCAGCUGAGCUCCCAGGGCCUGAAGGGGAACUCUGCAUAGUCAUUUUACACAUGUGACAGCCCCUGUCAGGGGAACCUACGAUCUCUAAAGAGGAGCCUGGUUGCCUUGCACAGCCAGGCUGAUCUGCACAUUGUACCUAUCCUUAUCAGCUCUGUGACUGAGAGGAAAUUGGGGUCCACCCAUAUUAGAGGGGACUGGGCCCAGGCAUGGUGGGUGAAAGUGCCAGGCAUCCUUUCCUGGCCUGCCCAUUCCCCCCUGAAAUCUAUGCUCGAGUUGCCUUGAAUGUGGGCUUUUAGAGAGGCAGGGGUCCAGAGUGCCAGGAUAAGCCUUUGGGUGGCCCUCUGGCAGCCAUAGGCCCUGUCCCCUGUGUCAGGGAGAAGAGGCGGGGCUGAGAGAGUGCUGCUGCCUCGGUAUUGUUCUAAUGCACUGUAGAAAUUGUAUUUAAAUCAAUGCAAAUGUAUGAAGAACAAAUCCAAUUCUGA